AUGAAUUUCCUAUUCGGUAAUCGAUUAUGCAGCAAAACAUUCAAACCACGUAAAAAUAUCUCUGAAACUAAUAAUAAUAACAAUAAUAAUCCUCCUACUAAUACAAGUAAUCAUAAUCCAACUACUGGUAAUAAUAAUAGUCACGAUGUCAAUGGUAAACAAAAUGAUUUAUUACCAGAAACUGCUGCAACAUUGGGUAGUGGUGAUUUACGUUUAGCUGUUCGUCUACCUGAAGGUGAAGAUCUACAUGAAUGGAUUGCUAUAAACACUGUAGAUUUUUUCAAUCAAAUUAAUAUGCUUUAUGGUACAUUACUUGAAUUUUGUACGGACGAUACAUGUCCAAUUAUGUCAGCUGGUCCAAAGUAUGAAUAUCAUUGGGCUGAUGGGCAAACAGUGAAAAAACCACUGAAAUGUUCUGCACCACAUUAUAUUGAUUGUUUAAUGAUAUGGAUUCAAAAACAAUUAGAGAAUGAAGCUAUAUUUCCAUCGAAAAUUGGUGCUCCAUUUCCACGUGAUUUUCUUAAUGUAGUCAAAGUGAUAUUAAAACGUUUAUUUCGAGUUUAUGCACAUAUUUAUUAUCAACAUUUUUCUGAAGUACGAGAUCUACAAGAAGAAGCUCAUUUAAAUACAAGUUUUAAACAUUUUAUAUAUUUUGUAUUGGAAUUUAAUUUAGUUCAAAAACGUGAACUUGUUCCAUUACAACACUUAAUCGAUUUAUUAACAACAAAUGAAUCUACCACAAAUGAUGAACAUAAUAGCAAUAAUGAUAAUGGUUCUGCAUCACAUAAUUAUUCAUUACAAACAACUACUAAUGAUAAUAUAAGUAGUAUAAUCAAUGAUAAUUAA